GGAAGGGAAAGAAGAGAGAGCAAAGAAGUCACGUAUAUUGAAUGAAUGGCAGGUAUUUGAGUGGAUUGGUAGCAUGAUUUGAUGAUACAUUGCCUACCCAGGUAAAUGUGGUUGUUGGCCGCCUCCUCUUCCAUCCACAUAUCAAUGGUCGGUCAUAACUGCCACAGCCACCAUCCACUCCGUGAUUGCUCAUGAAUUGCAAAGGGUUAACCAAUACUUAGUCAUCUUCAGAGAGAAGUGAAUCAGUUUACCGCUGAAUAAUUAUAUUGAAUACUGCACUUUUGCCGCUUCUUUGCAGCCCACGUUGAACAAGAUAGGCCAAGGCACAAGGCAAACCAAAAGCAAAGGCAAAACGACGGCUGGCUGCCCAAGAACAUUCACCAUACGGUUGUUAUCUCACACAGACAAGAAAGACUCAGGCUCAGACUUGCGACUUCUUCUCGAUAAAUAAGUGAACUUGCCUACUUGAUCUUACAACUCAAAUUUCAAAAAAAAAGACAUUCCAUCUUUAAAAGGACCCUUCCUCUUCUUCCUAUCUCCAAAGUACCUCCUCGUACUCAGCAUUCAAAAGAACACUCGCGGCUCUCUCAACUCGAAAUCCCAGCCCACUUACUCACCAGUCCAUUAAACUACUGCAACCUCGAGAAAUUCAUCAACAUACUCGACAACCCUUCAUACUACACAACACCCUCCACACCAUAAUACAUACUUCAAAAUGGCUUUGAAGAGAAUCAACAAGGAACUCACAGACUUGGGCCGUGACCCUCCCUCAUCAUGCUCUGCUGGCCCUAUAGGAGAGGAUUUGUUCCACUGGCAAGCUACCAUCAUGGGUCCUUCUGACUCGCCAUAUACCGGAGGUGUCUUCUUCCUCGCCAUCCAUUUCCCUACCGACUACCCAUUCAAGCCUCCCAAGGUCAGCUUCACAACUAGAAUCUAUCACCCAAACAUCAACUCCAACGGAAGCAUCUGUUUAGACAUCUUGAGAGAUCAAUGGUCCCCAGCCUUGACUAUCUCUAAAGUCCUUUUGUCCAUCUGCUCUAUGCUCACCGACCCCAACCCCGAUGACCCACUUGUUCCAGAGAUCGCACACGUUUACAAGACCGACCGAUCUAGAUAUGAGGCCACAGCCAGAGAAUGGACCCGAAAAUACGCCAUUUAAAUUACCUACUAUAACCUUCAAAUUACAUACGACAAAGCAUGACGGAUCGGAAUAAUGGAUGGGUUGAUGAAUUUCCUCUGUGUUCUCUCUAUCUCUUCUAUUCUAUCCUAUUGCGUAAAGGAUUUGCUGGCGUCAACGAAACUCGAUGAAUGGACAACUUUUUGGUCUGGGUUUACUUAGGUACUUUACUCUUUUACACACGAAAUACAUUACAUGGCAGACUUGUAAGCGCUACUGCUGGGGGGAAUAUUUUGCGAUGGAUUGGGUCAGAAAUUGUGGGAGGGGCGAGAAAGAUUUGUCGUGGAUAGAUAUCGGGGGAAUGCAAUAUGAUGGAUGAAUGGAUGGGUGGUGAUGGAUGAUAAAUAAGGGAUGUGCUUAGGGAAUUAGAUGAUCAUGUUGCAUGAUGAACGGGUUGUCGUCGUCGUCACCGCCUUUUUCUUACUAUUCCUCCUAUUCAUUGAUAUUCAGGUCCAUAGCAUUACUCGGAGCUUUUUCUUACUUUGUGGUUCGCUGUUCCUGGUUUCGUGAUGAUACAUUCUGGAAGGGGGGAGUUGUGAAUGAGUGAAAUUUUGAGUGUGA